GACCAAGAAUUGAUUUAUUCAUAAAUGAAUUAAUAAUUUAAAAAACAGGUAACUCCAUCUCUUUCUGUUAAAAUUCUCCAUUAUUAUUAUCUUCUUCCAUUUUUUCUGUUUCGCUUUCCCUUUCCAGUCUUCGCCUAAUUCAGAUUUAUACAGGAAAAGCUAGAAUUAGUGAGCUUUAGCUCAGUGGUAGUAGAGUUGUUUCCAGAGUUAUAAGGUCUUGAAUUCAAUUCUCAACCGGCGCCAACUGUACAAAAGAAAAAGGAACAGCUAGAGCUUUGUUGUUCAUGCAGUAAGUUGUUUCAAGUUAAAAGUCAGAGAAUGGCUGAAAAAUCCUGUGUCAAGCGACUUCAGAAAGAAUAUAGAGCACUGUGUAAAGAGCCAGUUUCCCAUGUUGUUGCCCGUCCUUCCCCAAGUGACAUUCUUGAGUGGCAUUAUGUCUUGGAGGGAAGUGAAGGAACACCUUUUGCAGGUGGAUAUUACUAUGGAAAGAUCAAGUUUCCUCCUGAAUAUCCCUACAAACCUCCUGGAAUCACGAUGAUCACUCCAAAUGGACGCUUUGCCACUCAAAAGAAAAUCUGCUUGUCUAUGAGUGAUUUUCAUCCAGAAAGUUGGAACCCAAUGUGGUCUGUAUCAAGCAUACUUACAGGGCUUCUUUCAUUCAUGAUGGACCACAGUCCCACCACAGGCAGUGUGACCACUACUGAUGCUGAGAAAGCACGUCUGGCAAAAACUUCUCUUGCUUUCAAUUGUAAAAACCCAACAUUUAGGAAGUUAUUUCCAGAGUACGUGGAGAAGUUUAACCAGCAACAACAAUCUGAGCAGAUAAUUUCGGAGCAGGGGGAACGGGAGAAGAAAUCUAGCCCUACAAUGGAAGAACUUGAUAAUUCAUUAGGAGAUGUGAAUAGAGUACAGAUGCCAAAGGACACAAGAAGGAACAGGAAGCAAACAUUCCCAACCUGGGUGAUGUUGUUGCUGGUUUCCAUCUUUGGCAUCGUAAUGGCAUUGCCUCUGCUUCAACUUUGAUUUCUACACUGCGAAAUGAGAAUUUUAGAACAGUAGCAGACAUACAAGCUUUUGCUAGUUGAUGAACUCUUCUAAUAGUGCUCUUUUAGUUGUGCCCUGUAUUUGACAGAUACAGAGCUGUUGAUGCCCAAAAAGGCUCACUGUGAUCUUUAUUUUGUUACUAUUGGCAGUUUGUUAGUUGAUGCCUUCCAUGUUUGUGGCUUUAUUUUCUAAAGCUAGUUGAAUUUGUGUUUGCUGUA